AUGGUUGGGUCUGAACCGGCCGAGUCCAGCCCGCACCCCUGGACAGCGCCCCAAGGCCGUCGUUAUCAUUUAACAACACCGCUUCUCCAUUCCCUGUUCGCAGCAUCCGCGUACUGGCGGCGCUCGGGGCUGAACCGGGUGCGCGCCAAGCUGCAGGAGCAGCCCGUCAGGACGCGCGCCAAGAACGUCAUCCUGUUCCUGGGCGACGGCAUGUCCAUCCCGACGCUCACCGCGGCGCGCAUCCAGAACGCGGGCGAGAGCUCGGCCCUCGCCUUCGAGCGCUUCCCCUACUCCGGGCUGUCCAAGACCUACUGCGUCGACAGCCAGGUGGCGGACUCGGCGUGCUCGUCCACGGCGUACCUAUCCGGCGUCAAGGCCAACCUGGGCACCAUCGGCGUGACCGCCGCCGUCGUCCGGUCCGACUGCAAGGCGUCGCAGCGGCCCGAGAACCAAGUCAACUCGAUCCUGCGGUGGGCCCAAGACGCGGGCAAGCUGACGGGCAUCGUGACCACGACCAGGGUGACGCACGCGUCGCCGUCCGGGACGUACGCGCACGCCGCGACCCGCGACUGGGAGAGCGACAAGGACGUCCGCAAGGACAAGGUGGACCCGGAGGAGUGCCCGGACAUCGCGCAGCAGCUCGUCACCGGCGAGACGGGCCGCAACAUCAACGUGAUCCUGGGCGGCGGACGGCGGGAGUUCCGCUCCAGCAAGGUGCGCGACGAGGAGGGCGAGAAGGGUCACCGCAAGGACGGCCGCGACCUCAUCGACGAGUGGCGCCGAGAGAAGAAGGACCGGCGCGCCAACGCGACCUACGUCUGGGACCGGCAGGGCCUGCUCGGCGUGCAGCCCGAGACCACGGACUAUCUCCUGGGUCUGUUUGAGGCGAGCCACAUGGAGUACCACAUGGCGGCCAACCCGGACACGGAGCCCACGCUAUCCGAGAUGGUCCGCACCGCCAUCCGCGUGCUCAGCAAGGGCAAGGAGGGCUUCUUCCUCUUCGUGGAGGGCGGCAAGAUCGACCUGGCGCACCACAAGGCGCGCGCGCGCCGCGCCCUGGACGAGACCAUCGAGUUUGCCAAGGCGGUGCAGGCCGCGCAGGAGCUCACGUCCGUCCAGGACACGCUGACGGUGGUGACGGCCGACCACGCCCACACCAUGUCCAUAUCGGGCUACCCGACCCGCGGCAACGACAUCCUCGGCAUCGCGGGGACCUCGAACGUCGACCAGAAGCCCUUCACCACCAUCAACUACGCCAACGGCCCGGGCUACAAGCGGCCCUCCAAGACGGGCGCCCGCUACGACUUGAGCAGCGACGACAUGGCCAACGACAAGUACGCCUACCCCGGCGUGUUCCCCCGCGAGACGGAGACCCACGGCGGCGACGACGUCGGCGUGUUCGCCAUCGGUCCGUGGGCGCACCUGCUGACGGGCUCCUUCGAGCAGAACGUCAUCCCCUACGUCAUGGGCUACGCGGCGUGCAUCGGCCCGCAGGCCGCGGAGGGCUUCUGCCCGGACCCCGCAGUAGCCCCCGCGCCCGCCCCUGCCGUGGUCCCCGCCGGCGAGAAGCGGCCGUCCGCCCGGGCGCAAGCCGCCCCCGCCGAGGCCACCGACCUCUCCCCGGGCGGCGCCGCCAGCACGGCCUGGCUGUGGCCCGAGCAGGAGGCGGCCUCCACCCUGGCCACGGACGACGCGGACGCCGAGGUGCAGGACGCGAGCAAGAUGAGCGUGGCACCGGCCUCGGCGCCGGAGUACGAGUCCAGCACCAGCUCCACGGAGGCCGUGGACAAGGACAAGCGCAGCAGGCGGCGCCACAGGCCUCGGGGGAAGGGCAGCGACUGAAGGGUGGGAACGUCAAAACAGUGAGAAGCGAAGACAACACUUAUCGGUGGGGGCCCUCUUAGGGUCGCUAGGUGCACAAGUUCAAGAGACAAAGCAAUGACCUACAUUGUUGAACGGAUACGGAUGCGCCUCUGCAAUGCCCCACGACGGUGCCUCGCAAGGUGCCGAGUAGCUCCUAGACUUCUGACGUGCCAUAAGACGAGCGUAGUUAGUGAUACCCAUCUACCCGUUAGGCAGCCCCCGGCCUGGCCUGAGGCCCGGCCUCCCCAACGGGCCGUCCGUCCGUCCGUCCGUUCCGGUUACGGGAAUGACCGCUUUCCUCCCAUCGACAGUCGUGUAGCCGCUGGGACUUUGCGAGAGAGACGGCGAGUGGAUUUCCUUUUACGAGGGCGUUUGAUUGAUCUCUCACUACUGUGCUAGCUUGGACCACUCGCACAAUAAGUCUUCGCGCAGAUUUUAGCGAAUGUUGUCGAGAAACUGACGGCGAUGAUAUGAUAAUGCCAAAGAUGAGGGCCAGGGGGCCUUGUUGGGUGCUUUUGGUGGUGUCAUCACGACCUCAGAGUGCGACGAUGAGGUAGUAGUGGUCGUCGGACCUUUACUCCCAAACUGAAAUGUGAUAUAUGGUCAACCAAUGUAAAUAUAUGAAUGUGAGAUUAGUGACGAAUAAAUGGAUAUUUAUUACUUUU